AUCCCCUCCAAUGGCGCCCGCGCCCACCACCCCCUCCUUCCUUCGGCCCCCGCCGCUGCAUCCCCAUCGCAUCCGCCUGCCCGCCCCUCCUCCCUCCGCGUCCUUCCGCCUCUCUGAAAUCCUCGGUGGCCGCGACCUCUGCAACGGCGAGGUCGGCAUCCGCAAGGAGCUCCUUUCGCCCACCCCGCCCUCACCUCCUUCGUCCACGCCCUCGGGAGACUCCUCGUCAGGAAGCGCCGAGUCGAACCCGCCGUCGGUGGACGCGGACGCGUUCGAGAAGGAGAUGAUGGGCCUCACGGGCGGCUUCCCCCGCGGCGAGGUCGGGCUCAAGGACUUCGUCGCCAAGAACCCGCCUCCUCCUCCCAAGAGAGCCCAGACGGACAGGAAAGCGUCC